AUGACUAGCUCUGGAUCACCAGCGUCCCGAGACUUAGGGCUGUUUUUCUGCUUGCCUAUACACCGCCUCCUUUUGCUGCUUCUGAUUUUGCUUGUCACCCUGGCCCACAAGCUUAACGUGCCACAGGUGUUGCUACCCUUCAGCCAGCAGCCGGGCCGCGUGCCCUUUCUGCUGGAGGCACAGCGGGGCUGCUACACUUGGCAUUCCACUCAUCAUGAUGCAGUAAGUGUUGAGCCUUUAUAUGAAAACAGUACCUUGUGUUCCCAGAAAGCUGUACUCACUGCUGAAUCUGCCCAACCUAUACGCCUAAGCAGUAUUAUUCUUGCUCGAGAGAUAGUGACUGACCAUGAGCUGCACUGUGAUGUUAAGGUUGAUGUGAUAAACAGCAUUGAAAUUAUAUCUCGAACUCGGGAACUCUAUGUAGAUGAUUCACCCCUGGAACUGAUGGUGAGGGCAUUGGAUGCUGAAGGAAAUACUUUUAGUAGUUUGGCAGGCAUGAUGUUUGAAUGGCGCAUUGCCCAGGAUAACGAGUCAUCAGGAGAACUGUCUAGCAAAAUCAGGAUUCUAAAAUACUCUGAAGCAGAAUAUUCUCCCCCAGCGUAUAUAACUGAGAUGGAAAAAGAAGGGAAACAAGGAGAUGUAAUUUUAGUGUCUGGGAUUAGAACUGGUGCAGCUGUUGUAAAAGUUCGAAUAUAUGAAUCAUUUUAUAAGAAAGUGGCAGCAGCCUUGAUACGUCUGCUUGUUUUGGAGAAUGUAUUUCUUAUACCAUCCCAUGAUAUUUAUCUCUUAGUAGGAGCAUAUAUUAAAUACCGAGUUGCAAAAAUGGUUCAGGGAAGAGUGACAGAGGUGGAAUUUCCCCUGGAACAUUAUACACUGGAAUUGCAAGACCAUAAAGUUGCAUAUAAUGAGUCUCUUUCUGGUAAAGUGGCUUUCCUGGAUGAGAAGACAGUGGUGGUGACUGCCACCCAGCUGGGCCAAACUAAUCUGAUCUUUGUCCAUAAAAAUGUCCAUAUGCGAUCUGUGUCUGGACUUCCAAACUGCACCAUAUAUGUUGUAGAGCCUGGAUUUUUAGGUUUCAUAGUGCAGCCUGGAGACCGAUGGAGUCUAGAGGUGGGACAGGUGUAUGUUGUCACAGUAGAAGUGUUUGAUAAAAGCAGCACAAAGGUCUACAUUUCAGACAACAUGAGGAUUAUGUGCCAGUUCCUACCGGAGUUCUUUGAAGAGCAGCUAACUUCUGUGAAUGGAUCUUACCACGUAGUGAAAGCCCUGAAAGAUGGGGUUGUGGUGAUAAAUGCAUCCCUGACUUCCAUCAUUCACCAGAAUAAAGAUAUUCAGCCUAUAAAAUUUUCAAUUGUACAUCAGCAAGAAGUGAAGAUUUAUUUACCUAUCAAGCUUACACCCAACUUUCUGGCAUUUCCUCAUCAUCCUAUGGGAAUAUUAUAUCGUUAUAAAGUACAGGUGGAGGGUGGCAGUGGCAACUUCACCUGGACCUCUUCUAAUGAAACAGUGGCCAUGGUAACCACUAAAGGAGUGGUGACUGCAGGUCAGGUCUGGGGCAACAGCACUGUAUUGGCCCGAGAUUUACAAAAUCUCUUUCGAUAUGGAGAAAUUAAGAUAUAUGUCCUGAAACUGAACAAAAUGGAACUGUUACCAUUUCAUGCUGAUGUGGAGAUUGGCCAGCUCAUAGAAAUCCCCAUUGCUAUGUAUCACAUAAAUGAGGAGACCAAAGAGGCCAUCCUGUUCACGGACUGCUCUCAUUUAUCCUUGGAUCUCAACAUGGACAAGAAAGGAGUCUUUACUCUUCUCAAAGAAGGUAUUCAAAGGCCUGGGCCAAAGCACUGUUCCAGUACACACAUAGCAGCCAAAUCUGUGGGUCACACUCUGUUAACGGUGAGUGUGACUGAAUAUGAAGAGUACUUGGAAAGCAGUGCUACAUUUGCCGCUUACGAACCCCUAAAGGCUGUAAACCCUGUUGAAGUGGCACUGGUGACAUGGCAGUCUGUGAAAGAAGUGGUGUUUGAAGGGGGUCCUCGGCCAUGGAUCUUGGAGCCCUCCCGUUUCUUUUCGGAGCUGAGCGUGGAGAAGACAGAGAAAAUUGAAAUAACACAAGUCCGGCCUCCAGCAAAGACAAAACAGAACCAGUAUAUCUACCGGGUCCGGUGCCUGGAUUUAGGGGAACAAGUUCUGACAUUUCAAGUUGGAAAUCACCCAGGUGUCCUGAACCCUAGUCCAGCUGUAGAGGUUGUGCACGUGCGCUUCAUAUGUGCCCACCCCGCCAGCAUGUCAGUAACCCCUGUGUAUAAGGUGCCAGCUGGAGCCCAGCGGUGUCCUCUGCCCCAGCACAGCAAACAACUGAUUCCUGUAUCAAGCCUAAGGGACACAGUCCUGGAACUGGCAGUGUUUGAUCAACAGAGGAGAAAGUUUGAUAAUUUCAGCUCACUAAUGCUGGAAUGGAAAUCUUCAAAUGAAACACUAGCUCAUUUUGAAAAUUAUAAUUCAGUGGAGAUAGUAGCAAAGGAUGAUGGCAGUGGACAGACGCAAUUACAUGGUCAUCAGAUCCUUAAAGUACAUCAGAUAAAAGGGACUGUACUCAUUCAAGUCAGUUUUGUGGGCUAUUCAGAGAAGGAAAGUCCAAAGGAACUUUUCAACUUGCCCAUAUCUGCAGCUGUGGAGUUGCUCCUGGUGGAUGAUGUAACUGUCUUGCCUGAGAAUGCUACAAUUUAUAACCACCCUGAUGUGAAGGAAAUAUUUAGCCUUGUGGAAGGGUCUGGUUAUUUUUUAGUCAACAGUAGUGAACAGGACACUGUCACCAUCACUUACAUGGAAGCUGAGAGCUCUGUGCAGCUAGUUCCAGUACAUUCUGGAUUUCUCACAUUGGAGGUCUAUGAUCUGUGCUUGGGUUUCUUGAGUCCAGCAAAGGCCCGCCUCAGGGUGUCAGACAUACAGGAGCUGGAGCUUGAUCUGAUCGAUAAGGUUGAAAUAGGUAAAACUGUGUUAGUAACUGUGAGAGUUCUUGGCUCUUCCAAAUGCCCAUUCCGAAAUAAAUACUUCAGAAACAUGGAGCUCCAACUGCAGUUGGCAUCUUCGAUUGUCACCCUGACGCUAACGGAGGAACAGGACAAAUACUCUGAAAACUAUGUCCUUCAAGCUGUCACUGUUGGGCAAACCACACUUGUGGCUAUUGCUAGGGACAGGAUGGGGCAAAAGUUCACAUCGGCCCCUCGGCAAAUUGAAGUGUUUCCUCCAUUCAAACUUGUUCCAGAGAAAAUGAUGCUGAUUCCAACUAACAUGAUGCAGGUAAUGUCUGAAGGUGGGCCCCAGCCCCAAUCUAUCAUUCACUUCUCCAUCAGUAAUCAGACUGUGGCUGUUGUUAAUAGGAGGGGGCAAGUUACAGGGAAGGUGGUUGGCACAGCUGUGGUCCAUGGCACCAUCCAGACAGUGAAUGAAGAUACUGGCAAAGUCAUCGUGUUUUCCCAGGAUGAAGUGCAGAUUGAGGUCGUUCAGCUAAGGUCUGUUAGGAUCCUUGCAGCUGCAACUCGACUCAUCACAGCCACCGAGAUGCCAGUUUAUGUCAUGGGAGUGAGCAGUACCCAGACCCCGUUCUCUUUCAGCAAUGCCAACCCUGGGCUCACAUUCCACUGGUCCAUGAGCAAAAGGGAGGUACUGGAUCUAGUACCCAGGCAUGCAGAGGUGUUUCUACAGCCCCCAGUAGAAAAUAACUUUGCCAUGGUUGUCCACACAAAAGCAGCUGGUCGGACCAGUAUCAAAGUCACUGUCCGUGGUAUGAACAGUUCUUCUGGGCAGUUUGAGGGGAAUUUGUUGGAACUGUCUGAUGAAGUUCAGAUCCUGGUGUUCGAAAAACUCCAUAUUUUCUAUCCAGAGUGCCAACCCAAGCACAUUCUAAUGCCCAUGAACUCUCAACUCAAACUUCAUACCAACAGGGAAGGGGCUGCCUUUGUGAGUUCCCGUGUUCUCAAGUGUUUCCCUAAUUCAUCCGUCAUUGAAGAAGACGGCGCAGGGCUCCUAAGAGCUGGUUCCAUUGCAGGUACUGCUGUGUUGGAAGUCACUUCUGUAGAGCCUUUUGGAGUCAACCAAACAACCAUAACUGCAGUUCAGGUGGCACCCGUGACAUACCUGCGAGUGAGCAGCCAACCCAAGCUAUACACAGCUCAAGGAAGGAUGCUGUCAGCCUUCCCCCUGGGCAUGUUUCUCACCUUUACUGUUCAGUUUUAUAAUAGCAUCGGAGAGAAAUUUCACACACACAAUACCCAGCUUUAUCUGGCUCUAAACAGAGAUGACCUACUGCUUAUUGGACCAGGGAACAGGAACUACACUUACGUGGCCCAGGCUGUGAACAGAGGGGUGACACUUGUGGGGCUCUGGGAUCAGAGGCACCCAGGCAUGGCAGACUAUAUUCCUGUAGCUGUGGAGCAUGCCAUUGAGCCAGACACCAAGGGUACCUUUGUUGGAGAUGUCAUCUGCUUCAGUACUCACCUCCUCAACCAAAAUGGUGAACCCGGGAUAUGGAUGAUUUCCACUGACAGUAUUUUACAAAUAGACACUGUCACUGGGGUAGGAGUGGCCAGGAGACCAGGAAUAGCAACAAUCUUUCAUGACAUCCCAGGACUGGUGAAAACAUAUCGAGAGGUGGUUGUCAAUGCAUCAUCAAGAUUAACACACAGUUAUGACCUCAAGAGUUACCUCACCAACACCCGCAAUUCAACUGUGUUCAAGUUCUUCAUCAUCACCGGCAGAAAUGGUGUCAAUCUUAAAGGAUCCUGCAACCCAAGUCAGGCUGUGGCCAUUACAACAGUACUUCUUCCAGAGACCCUCAUACUGUGCCAUGUACAGUUCAGUAACAGUUUGCUGGACAUCCCAGCAAGUAAAGUCUUUCACGUCUAUUCUGAUUUCAGCAUGGAGAAAGGGGUUUAUGUCUGCCUAAUCAAGGUUCGACCCCAGUCAGAGGAGCUGCUCCAGGCCCUCAGCAUGGCUGACACCUCAGUCUAUGCGUGGGCCACACUGGUGGGCGAACAGAGCAAGAAUGGAAUGCAAAGAAUCCUCAUUCCUUUCAUCCCAGCCUUUUACAUCAACCAGUCAGAACUGAUUCUUAGCCACAAACGAGACAGCGGAGAGAUAAGAAUACUGGGAGUGGACAGAGUUCUUGAGAAGCUAGAGGUCUUCCCCAGCUCCCCAGUUCUGGUGGUCCCUGGCCAUAGUUACUCUUCUCUCACACCUGGCCUCGCUAUCUACCCUGUGAGAGUGGUCAACUUCACUUCCCUACAGCAGAUGACAUCACCUGUUUUCAUCAAUAUUUCCUGUGUGCUCACCAGUCAAAGUGAGGCUAUCCUAGUGAAAGCUAUUAAGGAGAAGUCUGGUGCAGAUCAAUGUGAAGAUUCAGGUGUCCUCCAGAAGUUCGUGGGUUCUUACCAGAUCCUCUUGACUCUCUUUGCAGUGUUGGCAUCAACAGCUUUCAUCUUUCUAGCAUACAAUGCCUUCCUAAAUAAGAUACAGACAAUUCCAGUUGUUUAUGUACCAACUCGAGGAAUACCCGAGUCAGGUUCUUAUACCGCCACUCGUUCUCCCCGCUUCAUGAGUCCACAGCCCCCACCAGCUCAGAGUCGGCUGCAAUACUGGCUGUGGAGCAUAAGGCACUAACCUCCACUUGGACAAGUCUCCUUAACUGGAGGACACUGGAGGUUUCUCGCCCUUAUCCGCCAGAACCGCCUAGCAACAACCUCUAUAUUCCCAAGCCUCAGAACAAGGUUUCGGACAACUGUAAAUAAAGGAUCCCGAGCUGUUUUGUAUUAAAGUAGUGUGUUGGAUUGUGUUUCAAAGAUUAACUGUCAGUUCCUGUUCUUAGUUAUAAGAAAACAUAAAAGUGAAAGUAAAUAUCUCAUUUAUAUGGUAUACCACAUUUUUUCAUCAAGCUCUGAAGAUUUCCUUAAUGUGCCCAGGUGGACAGAAAUGUCCCAAAUGAACUAUUUAAGUACUUG